AUGGAACAGAUAAGGUACAAACCUGCAAGGAGGUACGUUGUACAUUUGGAUGGUGAUCCUGAACAUAUGUGGGACGAACCUUGUCGUGAUUAUAGACCAGCGGUGAAGAGGGUCGAAGCACAUAUCAACAAGAUGUACGGCACAAAUGUGUUGGUACGAUCGCUACAGAGUAUGUUGGGCGCGAUGGCCUAUAUGAACUGGGUCAGCUACGCAUCAGAGCUGCGCGGCCUGUCUCGCGAGCUAGACGUUCCCGUCGGUGCACUCGUCUUUAUGCAGCUGAUCUACGAGGUGAGCACCUGCUGCACCACGGCAAUGUCUCGCGACCAAGAUGGCAACAUUGUCAUGUCACGCACGAUGGAUUGGGACAUGCUGUUGCUCAAGGACAUCACGAUCGAAGCCGACUUCCACGUGGGCGGCCGCAGCAUUGGAGUGUACACCACGUGGAUUGGAUACGUGGGUGUGCUCACAGGCAUUAGCCCCAAGGGCUUCGCCGUGGCCAUCAACUACCGUCGUACUACCGGCGGCUCCUACUGGACCAACGUCAAGCAGUUGCUCAAAUACUGCUGGCCCGUCGGAUACCUGGUCAGGGAGGCUCUGAUCACUUGCCAGACAUACGGAGAGAUCGUCCAGUUCCUCGGAAACGCAAAGAUCAUUGCUCCAUGCUAUAUUACAAUCGUUGGCAAGCGUGCUGGCACUGUCAUGGCUCGCAAUCCAACAUCUGUGUUCCGUCAGAGUGUGCUGCCAUCGACCCACGAGGAGGAAGUCGACCAGCACUUGCAUGCCAAGCCAAUCCUGGUGACAGAUCAGGACUUCCUGGUGCAGACCAACAACGAAGAGGUCAACGACAACGAAUACAACUUCCUGUUGUCCAACGAGCGACGAUGCUUCACCACCGAGCGACUGGUCGUCCUGGAGCCACACAAGCGAACCGACGACAAUCUCUGGAGCAUCAUGAGUGUGCAUCCCGUGCUGAACAAUCACACCAUCUACGGAUGUAUCAUCAAGCCAUCGCAAUACUCAAUCGAGACUAGAGUCCCUCACGAAGAGUUUGGAUUCCUCUAA